UGUUGUAGUUUUGACGAUCGGGGUUUUGAGAGUGAGGUUCCAGUAAGUGAGAUUCUAGGGUUUGUGGACAGAUCUUCCGGUGUAGAGUGUAGUGCGACAGGGGGAUUAUGGUGCGUACGGAGCUGUUUUCGUCGUUAGAACGAUUUCGUCAUCGCAUGUGUCUUUUUUUCUUGUGUGAAAAAAAUGCCGCGAGGUCAGAGCUUGAAGCUCGGGUGCGGCUUAUUCGCCGCAAAAUCGUGGGUUGAGAAACUGAUCCAGAUCUAUUGCGCUACGUGUUUGAUCAAUGCAGCAACGUUAGGCAACAGUGUAUGAUUCGCUGGGGGUGUAAUGAAAGGUUCUCUGCAUAGGUUCUGUAAUGCUAUACUGAAUUAUGCGUCGAUGAGCUGGGCCGGCAGCUCUCAGUUUCAUGGUUAGUGCAGUAAUAGAUAAACGUUGAUGCUUUUCUUAGCGGGGCAUUUUAUUAUCUUCAGAAGAUCUAGUGAUCUACUCUGGCCGAAUCACUUUUUCUGGACUUGGCUCUCGAAUCACGGAUUCAUGUGUUACCGCGUGAUCGAAUGCAGUGUGUAUCAUUUUCUACAAAAAACGACCAUGAUGGAAAUAUUGCAAGACGCCAGAUUUCAAUGAGAGCUGCGUGCCUUUGCUGAUACUAGAUUUUCAGGGGUCCGCGCUAGAAUGGGCACUCAGGUUUCGAACGUUGAGUAGGUAGGGUAGUCAUGGCAGAGCCUAAAGCAGUAGUCGAUCAGUCGGCCCCGUUCUUAUCCGUCAAAGCGGCGGUGAGUAUGUUCGGUGAAAAAAUUCCAGCGAAGUCUCAAACGCCGCCCCAUUCUCAUGGACCACAUCUCACGCAUACAUCAAGUCUACAAUAUGUUGGCACGUAUCAUGGCCCUAAUCACCAAGCAGAGAAAAUAUAUUCGCUUGAGACUGAAUUGAAUCGUGCCCACUCCGAGAUCAACAACUACAAGCAACAAUUAGCCGCCUAUGAAGCUGCCAAAAACGAUGGUUUCAAGCAGACUACGUCACUUCCCAGCUUGGCAGGGUCGGAUUGGCAGCAUCACCUUGAUGCUGUUUUGGGCCCGCAACCCAAUGCUGCUGUGCCAAGCCAUCAGGUUUCUGUGGAUACUACAGGUCGUGACAUGGAAAUCAACAGAUUACAAAAGGAGCUUGAAAGCGCCAAGAGUCAGUAUCUGAGUCUGUCCGCAGAGCUGGAAAAUGCAAAGGUAGAGAUAAACAGACUACAACAGGGUGAAGCCGCUGCAAACAUGUCUGUUGCAGAGUUUGAAAACGCGAAGCAAGAGAUCAGCAGAUUGCAAACUGCAGCAUGGAGUCAGCACGGAGCUUUUACUGCAGAGUUGGCAAGAACAAAAGAGGAGAUUGUUAGGCUUGAAUCUGAGCUGAGGGUUGCUCAGGCAUCAAGCACAGAGCUAGCACACGCUAAGGAGAUGAACAGUUUAUUACUCGCAGAAAUGGAGGCCUCUGCAACAGAGCUUGCGAAAACCAAAGACGAGUUUCGUAACCUGCGAGGCCAGUACGAAGUUUCAAUAGCAGAGGUUAACCAACUGAAGUCCCAGCAAAACAGCGCAAUCGCUGAGCUAACCGGUUCGAAAGAGGAAAUCAGCAAGUUGCAAGCUGAAUUAACGCAGGCCCGGGGCAUGUCUUCGACGGAACUGAUGACCAAUAGAGAGCUACUUGAGAAGUUACGUACAGAACUAGAAGCUGUGCGGGGGCAGCAUGGGAAUUCCUCUAUGGAGCUUGUAAGCGCUAAGCAAGAAAUCGUGAACCUUCAAGGACAACUACAAACAUCGUCUGCUCAUCUUGGAGGUUACGCAUCCCAGCUCGAAACUGCCAGAGAAGAAAUAGUUAGGUUGCAAAAUGAAGUAUCAUCUCUUCAGCAGCUGCUUGGAAGCACUAACGCGGAACUUACCGUGGCGAGGGAACAACUCACCAAGCUGCAGCUGUCCCAGGAGCCUCGAGAAGUCUCUAGUUUAGAACCUCUGGGUGCAGAGCCUGAGUUGGCAGGAACCAGCGGACAGAUUGAAAAGUUACUAUCUGAGCAUAGUAUUGCAAUGACUGAGCUUGCAAAAGAAAGAGAAGAGAAAAGUAGACUGCGAGAUGAAUUGAUUGCUGCUUCUAGGGAGAUCCAAAAUCUGAGGGAAGAGAUUGGUAGACUGCAGGCUGACCUAAUGGUCUAUCAAUUUGAAGGUCCUUCGUCUGAGCUCUUGAUUACAAGGGAGGAGGUAGAGAGGCUGAGGGUGCAAGUUCAGCAAUUAUCGGAUUCACAUACAAAAUUGGCAGAUAGAGAGGCAGACAAUGUGGAACUUGUUCCUGCAACACUGUUGGAUGAACUUACCAUGGAAUUGAUAACGACAAACGAGCACCUAGAAAAAGCUACGACAGCCCGGAUGAACGCUGAGAAGGAAUUGGUAGCUCUCAGGGAAGAGGCUGAGCAGGCUAGUGGCUUGAGAGCUGACUUAGAGAGACAUCGGGCCGAGCUGAAAGUAGCAACAUUAGCAGAGAGCAAAUUAGCCCAUGUGAUGACAGAGGUUGAGGAGCUUAGAACGCAGGUAGCAUUGAUGCAGGAGAAUGCAGAGAAGGCCUCAAAGAUUGCUGCUGACGCCAAUGAGGAAUUGCUCUCUCUGAAGACAGCCCUUGAAUUGGUCGAAGAAUCUAAACAGGACCUUAGCAAGCUUGUUGAAGGUCUAAGCUCGGAGGUUGAUUCUCUCAAAGCAGAGAUAGUCGUUUUGGAGGAAUCCGAAGGGAAAAUGGAAUCGUCCUAUGUUGCAACUAAAGCCGAGCUGGAGAAAGUGGUUGCUGAGCUGGGAAGUGUAAAAAGAGCCGAAGAGAUGGCGAGUGGAAUGGCCGCCUCAACAGGUGAUGAGUUGGAUGCUCUGAAAGAAGAGCUUCGUGUCACCAAAGAAGGUGAAGCUCGAGCUAAGGCUGCAUUUACAGAAUACAGUCUCAGACUGCAAAGAAUGAGGGCAGAACUUGAAGAUGCUACGAAACUCGCCGAGAAGGCAAAGGCUUUCAAACUGGACUUAGACGAAGCCAAUGCAAAGCUGAAAAAGGUGACGGAGUCAGAAAGAUCUAUGUCAGCUUCCUUGGCUUCUUUGCGCGCUGAAGUUCAAAACGCGCGUGCAGAGAUUGUGCUUGCUAGAGAGGAAGGAGAAGCUGCACUCGCUGAGAAAGAAUCAGAUAUUGAAAUGGAAAUGACUCAGAUGAGAUCUGAAUGGGAGGCGGCCGUAGCAGAAGAGAGAAGGCUCAGAGAAGAACACGCCAGAGUAACUGAUGCUUUGACUAAGGCGACAGAUGAGAAAGAGGCAGCAACCACGAAGCUAAACUCGGUAACAGAGGAAGCAGCAACUGCAAAACAGGAAUUAGAACAAACAAGAGCUAGAAUUGAGACCCUAGAAACCAAACUCCAGGCAGCCCUUCUGGAAGUUGAAGUUGUGAAAGCAAGCGAAGAGAGUGCGCUUUCACAGAUGAAUAUCAGGUCUCAAAAUCCUGAUGCCGAGACAGUGGUCAUGGACACCGAGUCCAAGGCAGAUGUCACAAUAUCUCACGAGGAGUAUCAAUCUUUGAAAAGCAAGGCACAGGACGUUGAAGAGCUGGCGAAAAAACGGGUUGCCUUGGCAAUGGCCCAGGUCGAGGCUGCCAAAGCAAGUGAGAAAGAGAUGCAGAGCAAGUUGGAGAUAUCGAGGAAAGACAUUGACGCUAUCCGUGUCGAGUUGAGAGAAGCGACGAGAAAACGUGAAGAAGCUGAAGCAGCGAAGUUCGCCGUAGAAGGAAUGCUUCGUACUCAAAGGGGACAUGGCAGACACCCAGUGUUUAACGGUGGCCCUCCAAUGGGAAGUCCCAGUAAUGGAAUGGAUCGGCAGGGUUUUAUGGUCAGCCCAGCUUCGGGGAAUUCACAGAAUAGCAGCCCAUUACAUCCCACGGUCACAUUCUCAUUUCCUACUCCUGCAAGCCCCAACCCUCCGGAGAAGCACCCCUCCGAGUCGCUUGCGGAUGUUCUCGCAAUAAAAAUGCCAUCAGAGGAGAAGAAGAGCAAGGCUAGGUUCUCAUCUAAAAUCGGGUCAUACUUCGUCAAGAAGAAAGACUCGGGGUCUAAAAAAAGUCAAGCCGAUUAAGGGAGAGGUGCGUUCCGCACGAUCAUGAAAUUCUUACCCAAGUUUGCAAUGGGCUUUAUCAGCAACGUCGUAACCAGCCACCCCACUUGCAUAGCUAUCCCAGGCCCGAUGACGACUUCUCGCUGAAGGGGACCUCGAAUUAACAAUCUAACGUUCUGGUGGGGUGCCUGAGGAGAAGCGCCAAGUCUGUCACCAAUCUUUCUUCAAGCUUUUGAUGUGUUUUGGACACAAAUCAAACAGCUGUAAAAUAACUGGCCCCGCCUUCAAGGUUCCAACAAAUUUAGGAAGAUCCGUAGUGUUUGUGAAAAGUCAGAAUCUGAUUUUAUGUAGCUGCUUUUCGUGGAAUUUAUUUGUGCAGAUCCUAGUCUCUGGUUUAGAGUUGAGUGCUAACAGAUCUCUAGGUAGAUAUCAGUGCUGCAUGAAAGGUCGAACUUCUAGCGACUUGAGUGAUUCUAGCUUUACUGUUGGCUACCUGUCUGAAGGCUGCAAUGUAUCAUCGAUUUUUUGAUGUCUCACGUAGUUUUCAGGAUGAUAUCUCUGUAUUAAUGAAAUGUUUUUUAAGGUUUUGUGACGUGAACUUUCACUUUUUUC